CACCAUUUCAGAUAUUGAUUUAAUAUCAGAUUGUUUCGAAAAUUUCUUUAUUGAAUCAAAAUAUCAGAAAGUCGCCUCAAUUUCUGCUGAAUAAAUUGAGUUGUCGCGCAAUAACCAUGAACAUCGUGGACGCCGAGGAAAAAAUAUCGGAGUUGCGUAAGAAAGUUUCGAUGCUCCGUGAAAAGACAAUCAAAUCUCAAAUUGCGAAUCUGAUGCGCGAAAAUGGUCAGCUGAAAAAAGAUAUCGAUGAGCUUAAAAGUAAAUACAACCAGGCACUACUGUCCAAUGGAAAAUGUGUUUCUUUGCUGGCAAAUGGGGACUCGUCCAAAAGUGAUUCUACUGGAAAUAAUACCGAAACCGCAACGAAAAAUCGGGUGGCAUCGAGUGAACAGGUUCCGAAAAAGGCGAAAAAAGAGAAGCAGACGAAAACUACUCCGAGUAAUUCGACUCCCGCUAAAGAAGAGAAGUCAUUUGACGUGUCCAAGUUGGACUUGCGCAUCGGCUACAUCCGAGAGGUGUCCCGCCACCCAGACGCCGACACGCUCUACGUCGAAGAGAUAGAGUGCGGAGAUGAGCCAGGGAAUGAAAGUGGGUUUGGUGAUGCGAGGAUUGUGUGCAGUGGUCUUGUUGCCGCCAUGGAGGAGAGUGAGCUGCGCAACAGAAUGGUGCUCGUCAUGUGUAACCUCAAACCGGCGAAGAUGCGAGGAGUCACAUCUCAGGCUAUGGUCAUGUGUGCUGUGGAAGCAGGGGGCAAGGCCGAACUGGUAGAUCCUCCCCCGGGCGCCAAGGUGGGCGACAGAGUGGUGUGCAAGGAGUACCCGGGCGAGCCAGAGCAGCCUUUUAUGCACCCGAAGAAGAAUAUCUGGGAGAGUGUGAAGGGAGAUCUGAAGGUGGAUUCGAAUGGAGUUGUGAGGUAUAAAGAUGCGCCCCUAGAAGUGGAAGGAAAAGGACUGCUCACUGCCAAACUCAGCAGAAACUGUCAAGUGUCUUGAGAAGUAAAGAAGCAACUGUUGUUGAAUUUAACCUAAGAGAAGACUCUGUGAUCGAAAUAUGGGACUUGAAUUGACAACUGAGUGAUGAUUUGAUAGUAGGUGA